ACAUAAAAGGUCAUGACGCGCGCAUAUCGCGCAUAUGCGCGCGUCAAAAUUUUAAGCUGUUCAAAAUCACUUUUUAUUCAAAUGAGAGUACGUUUCAGGCCAUUUUAAGCAUUUUGCAAAAAAACGCGCACGCGUUCUGGCAUUUUGCAACAUAGAAUCGCCACAUUUUCUCUGUCAUCAUAUUUGGCAUAUUUUUCCAAACAUUUUGAUACCUUGUUCACCUUUUUCUGACCAGUAAUAACGGAAUGAGCGUCCGUUCAAGACAUGUCCGUGCGCGCGAUCUCUUGUAAUACAUAGCAUAUAAGGGCAAAAACAUGCCUAUACAAAAUUCAUUGUUACUCUUCAGAAUGGAUGGGAACUCCGAUUUUUUUUUCAUAUUUGGAUAGAUUAUGAGUCGGAGAUAUGAUUUCAUGUCUCAUUUGACCCUCAAUUAACUCAUGAGGUCAUCAUAAUGGCCUCCGAACUCAAAAUUUCAAUUUGCAUAUUAUGACGUCAGCACAUUUUUGGAAAAUUAAUAGUUUCUCUGUAAAUAUUGAUUGAUUUUAUAGAGACUGGUCUAGCCUCUGGGGUUACUUGGGUCCUGGGGUUAGUUGCGCCCCUUAAAGGUAAAGACCAGUUUUGGAAACGCCCUUCUCUCCAAAAAAUAAAAUGGAAGCUCUCAUUACCAAUCAUGCAUGUGAAAGAAUAUGUUUUGACUAAUACGUGAUGAUACAAAGGUUGCCGGAAAAGUCGGGAAAACGCCUUCUUAUUGAUAUAUUUGGUAAAUUAUUAUAUCUAUUGGGACCAAAUACAUAUCGCGCACGUAGUCGCGUAGUCCCAUAUACAUCUUUCUGUGUACAGUGCUUGUAACUUUACCAAGACUGCGCCAAAUUUCUUAUCAUUUUGAUGAUUCCAGAACCUUGCAGUAGGCCUACAUACCAAUACUUAUAUGCUAGAUGAUCAACCUUUUCUGAUCGAUUCCACAAAUUUCUUUCACAAUGCAAUCGCAUGACCAGAACUGGUCUUUCUCUUUAAUUGCUGUUUUGAGAUGGAUAGCUUCUUAGUGUUGCAUUCAAUUAGGCAGUAUCACCAAAACGACCGUUGGGCGAAAAAGAUGCACUUUGUGCUGCAUUUGACGCAUUUGAUUUUUAUCAACAGUUAUUAUUAUGUUAGAAGUAUUUUGCAGUAGGCCAGUAGUCUAUAGAUAGAGUUCAUAAUGUUUUUUUUUUUAAUAGAUCUAUAUUCGUUUUUUAAAUUACAAACAGUCAUUUUUAAUGUAAUGGUGGAGUAUAGUAUUUUGCAAUUUUUGAAAAUUAUAUUUAAUUGAUAUUGUAUUUUAGGUGUUUCCGGAAAUUGUGGAUUUUGCUGUCAACAUGGCUGUUGUGGAUGACUUCAUAACUCCACCAAAAGUCACUGUGAGUGAAGCUCGUGGGAGUCCAAAAAAAAAACGACUCAGUGUUGAAGGAAACUUGAUAGAGGUGGGAGUGUUGACUGAAACGCCAGAUUACAAGAGAAGGCAACUCAAACUUGCUGAGCCUGGAGAUGAUGGUCAUAUCAUAAGCCUUACCUUAUGGGGAGAGCAAGCUGUAGCUGACAUUACCCCUGGACUGCAAGUGUGUUGUUCAGCUGUAAUUCGAGAGGAAAACGGACUUCGAGCUUCUCCGUCAACAAAAAUUGAGUUCAAAAACGAAAUCUGGCUGGACGGAAUUGUUGCUGGCAUCAGGAGCAGAAGCACUCCUGUGCGUGUCAUCUUGACUAACGGGACAACCAUCAAGGUCUCUGGGGAGUUAGUACUGGACUUUGCAGAAUUCCUUGGUCAGAAAAUCCAAUACAAAGUUGGCAAAGAUGGGUUGGUUUGUGAACUGAAAAAAGUAGAAUGAUUAAGGUAUCUGUGUUGUGAACAGGCGCGUACGCAGGGGGGUGGUUUUGGGGGUUAACCCCCCCCCCUUUGGCUCUGAAAACGUCUGAAACCCCCCCCCAUCUUUGAC